ACGAAAUUAUUAUUUUUUAAAUACUCACUUUUAUCAUGGUGACCACAAGGUUACAGGCUCAAAACUGUCCCCAACAGUCUUCUAAAACGUCUAUCAAGCAGAUUUGUUGGCCGCGACGAGGGAUGAAAAAUAGAAGUUCUAAAAAGAAUAAACAACAAAAGGAUGAGAUUUGUGUGCAAGUUGAUAAGUCCAAAAAAUGCGGAUCUUCCUCUGGCACCUUAACAUUUACGUGUGCGGAUUGCAGGAAGGCAAAUGAAGUUUUUAAAUACUUACAAGAUUCUGUUUCCGAUCCAUUUGAUGUAAAUAUGGAUGCCGUAAUGGCUGCAUACGGAAUAAUACAAGAAUGGAAGCAAACAACGAUGGAUCGCUUAGAUUAGUGAUGGUCGCGGUUCACAAGAAAACUAAUACCCAUCGUUUAAGUUGUUGGCUUUAUUUUAAUGCACCAACCUGAAUAAUAUUUAUAGCAUAUAUAUUUAUUCAAGCUUUUAAA